AUGCCACUCAUAGUGCAGCGCACGUACAAGCUGGGCAUCGGCAGCGCCACUGACACCGACGCGCCCGCCUCGUCUGCUUCACCGUUGGUGGUACCUAGUGCACUGGAGGAGCAUGUAACGACACGCACAUGCCACCGCUGGAGCUACGUCGAUGCGUUGCGUCACGAGACGUGCAUUGUCACGCUGCAGGCGCACUAUUCUCUGCACGUGGAUGUCAAGGGCGAGGGCAGCACCGCGGCGACGUCAUCGCUGCAGCAGGCGAGUGGUUACGCGGAGGGGCCCAGCAGCGAUGACGGGCUCUGCGGGUUCGCGUGGGAGUUCAUCUGGGUUCCAAACACGUGCCCGUUGCCCGGAGCAGCAGGCGCGGCGGCAGCAGUGACUUCAUCGGGCGACAUCCUCACCGAUGAGACGGAGCUGGAGGCGCAGCAGCCAGCGCGAGCUCGCUUCUUCUUUCAUCGCACAACGUCACUCGCGCGGUCGACGCUGCAAGGAACCGGCGGUGUUCUCUUCCUGAGCAGCCGGCACGUCCUGGUAGCCACGGAGACCCCGGAAGCAGCGGGUGCGGCCACAGGAACAACAACCACUUCGAGAGGAGCCCCGAACGAUCAGCUCCGCGAUGCCGCUCACUACAGCUUGAUGGACAGUUUCGUGCUGAGCAGCGGUGAUGCUGCUGCUGCUGCUGCGAGGUCUGCGUCUCGUGCGUGUUCAUGGAUUCGUGUCGCGGCGUCGGCAUCACUGCCGUGCUCGUUCGCCUCUCCACAGGCACCUCGUCAUGCCAGCCCUACCUCACCUCCCUCAUCGAGGCCUUCGACGGUGCUGCUUCUCGUCGCCGGAGUCCCACUGCAGGCUCCGCACCACACCUCUGCUGCCGCCGCGGAGGUACCACUCAUGCGUCUGGUUUACGUCUUUGCCGUCCCCGGCAGUUCGACAGGUGGCGGCAGCUCCGGCAGUGCUGACCCGGCGCAUCGAGCCUGGGAUGUGAUGGCGUGUGUGGCGGAUCUGUGUAGCAGUGGCGCCUCCGCAGACGACCCGCACGCACUACAAGUUCGAGUACGUCACGCCGUGGCGCUCCCGAUGCUUGGCUUAAGUGUGUACAAGGCAUCGACGGAGGACGGCGUGCUCCGCGGCGGCGGUGGUGCCGACUGGGGACGCGCACGCGACGGCGCUGAUGGGGCGUACGGGACGCAGUCGACGUCCCCACAGCAGCAGCAGCAGCUCGACCCGCAUGAUAUUCUUUGGGCCUUUGUUGAGGAUGAAGAUACCCGCACAGUGCACCCGCUCCGGGAUGGGCAACUGUGCGGCAGCCUUGUGGCGCUGCUGCCCUGUUGCUGCGCACCUGCCCGUGCCUUGGUAGCGCCACCCUUGCCUCCUGCGGCUUCGUCGCUGGUCGCCAACUCUGCGCCGUCGCCACCGGCCGUCCUCUGCAUGGGCUUCAAGGGCGACACUCCGUACGGUGCGCUGGGGGUGUCCAGUGCUGAGCUGGACUCCUACGCAAAGGCGAACCAGCAGCGGCAGCAGCAUCCAGGACGGGCCUCGCACUCGUCGGUGCAGGAGAUCAUCGAGCAGCUUUUGCCGUCACCAGAGCGUGCCGUGUACGAGCUUGCGGUAGGAAACCCGACGAAAUGUAUUUGCCCGCCAACCACCGACGCAUCACGAGCGACAACAGCGCCAACGACGGCGCUCCCCGCGCAUACAAGCCUCCUCAUGCUCAUCAUGGACGGUAUACACACUCGCGGCAGCCGCAACAGCUCUGCGCAACAAGCCGACGCAUCACGGGUUGUCUCAGCACCGACGACCGAAGCGUCAGUGACCGCGCUGCCUCAAGGCCUUUACCUCACGGAGACGCUGUCGUAUGAUGCCUUGGCGCAGCUGGCGAGCUCUGGAAGGCCGGAGGAGGCGGUAGAGGGGCAGAGCUUGAGGGUGCGCAUCCACCACGUGCCACCCACCAGAACUCUAUGGCGCGGACUGGACCCGCUCGUGCUGUCGGUGCCAACGAGCGCUGCAGGUAUCAUGAAUGAUGAAUGGGGCGACGAGGAUGGCACGACGCAGGAGAUGGCGCAGGCGGCCCAUCGCGACGUGCUCGCCUGGGGCAUUGAUGAUGUGGGACACUGGAUGGAGUGGUUGUCAGAGACGGCGAGCGGUAGCGCAGAUGGCACGUGCGGGAAGGAUCAUCGCACAGCCCUCGUGGUGGGUGAGUGCGCUGCCGCGGCGGAGGGCACCGCCACCUCCGCCUCGCCCUCCUCCAUGGCAACAGUGACGGCGGUGGCGUCGUAUACGUGCGCGUCCUCCUCGACGACCACCGCCGCUUCCGUGGUCCGCAGCUUCCCCUGCUUCAACGAGCUCACCCACGAGCUCACGAUACUGUCGUACUGCUGCAACGGCGCCGCGGCCCACAGUAGCGAGGAAGAGGAUCAAGCAGCCACCGAGCGGGCUGUCGCGCUUGUCCGGCCGCCCUUGUGGAUGCCACGGACAGCCGCGAGCUCGCACCAGGAGUGGGAGGCGCAUGUGGCGGAGUGGGUGGCAGCAGGACAGGUGCGGAGACGUCUCCGUUCGUCCACAACGCCGCCAAGCGACGCCGGCGUCGCCGCCGCCACGUACCGCGCCAUGCGAGUGCUCUGGGCCUACGCUGUCCUGCAUGAGGCGAGACCCGCUUUGCCGCAGUGGCCACAUGCGCUCAUGGAGGUGCUGCGCAGCACUGCCGCGGACGCCGCGGAGCAUCAGACGUGUCUCUACCUCUAUGCCCGCGCGGUACAGACCCUCACGAUAGCGCGCCUCGCGUCGAGCUACGGCAACGACACAGCCAAGCUGGAGACGGAGGUGAGCCACAUGCGUCGAGCGGCGGCGGUCUUUCUCCGACUGGUACUGCGCACCCUCGCGGCGUUGGACUGGUGCGCAGGAGACGCGCUAGGGUGGAUGUGCUGCCAGUGGAUGGUGCGGUGGUUCCUCGGCAGUGGCGCCGGCGCUACUGCGGCAGGGGCCACACGCUCCCCGUCGCCCACCGCCACCGCCACCGCCGUCUCCGUCGUGCAGGAACAGUCCGCUGUGGUGGAGGGGCGAGCGAUGCAAGUGCUUCUGCAGCUUGGCGCAGCGGCACGUGAGCCGGUGAGGGCCGCAGCGGCAUCCUCACCGACGCCAUCGCCGCUGCCACCCCUGGGCUGGCUACGACGUGCACUUCUUCUUUUCGCCUGCAGGAACAGGCAGCUGCCGCUGGAACUCACGGUCGAGGACAUCCUGGAGGCCUCAGGGAUGUUGCUGCAGCCAGAGACGACAUCGGUGGCAGCACAGGCCAUCACCGUCACCAGUGGUUGGAGCGAGGCAAGUGACGAGGAGGCCGCCGCGUCGGCGGUGCCUCCAUGGCCGACGCCCGACACAGCGGAGCUGCGCGAGUCGAUGGAGUACGCGCUGCUACGCCUGGCGAAGCCAGAGGAGCUGUAUCGCGUAGUGCAUCACCUUGCACACCUCUCUCCCGCCACUUACCUGGAAAGGGGCUCCGCCCCCACGAGGGCUACACGCAGUCGAAGGCCUCGCGAGCUGCAGCGGCUCGUUGUGCGCGGUGUGCUCACUGUGGCAGACCUGCACACGCUCGUGUGCGCCGGCUGGGCAUCAGGGCGUCCUCACGACGCCGCCCCGCCUUGUGGCUUCACGUUCGUGUGCUGCAUCGUGGACGUUGCCAUGACGUUCACAUCAACAGUCUCCCCGGCCGCAGCCGGCACCGUAGAAAUUGCGGAGGCGUACGAGCGGCUUGUCAUUGCGGCACUGGAUACCUGGGGCGUACACGGCGCCCAUGAAGACGGAGGGCAAGUGCAGGGGGCGAAUCAUGCACGGACAGAUGCGGCGGAUGCUACGGAUCGGCUACCGGUCUACCCGCUGCUCAAUACCCCCGAACUCGACGGCUUCGCGACCGCGGCGGCGACGACGGUGGUGUCGGCUCCGUUUCCUUUUACACUUCUCGCGCCUCUCCUCACCGUGUACCUGUGGUACCACGUGACGCACCGUCUCUGUGCAGCGCUGCAGCUGCUUCCACCAGCGGCAUCGGAGGCCGCAGCAGCGAUACAGCCGGAGAAGACACCGGGCAUCGAUAUCGCCGACGAGCAGCAGCAUGCGCCGUGGCUGCGGCGUGCCAAACUGCGAGACGGUGAUCAGCUGCAGGCGCUUCACCGCGGCGUGUGCGUGCUACGGUGCCUCACUCAGGAGGACCCAACCGCCGCCGAGGAGCUCUUUGCCGCCAUGCGUCUUGUGUACAGCAGACCACCACGAGAUUCUAGCCACCAGAGUGCACGCCAGCCGGACGAGCACGCGGGAAUGGGAAGGGUGAUGAAUUCAACGGUGGCGGUGGGUGAUACAGCGGCGGCGACAGCCAGUGCCGUCGGCAGUUCGUGGGUGUCGCAGUAUCUGAUCGCCUGGCAUCAUCUUCUCCCGUUGGAGGCACCGCCGCUGUGUUCAGCAGGUGCCCUGCUCGCCUACCAGAAGCGCUGCUGCCACGCCGCUGUGCCCACAGCACCGCCUAUCGGAGACGUUAUGCGGGUCUUGCACCUCGUGUACGCAAGCGCGGGCAGUGGACGUGCACUCCGCGGACAGGUCUCGCGGGCGAUGGGCUUGCAGCAGCAGGUAGGGAGGGAGGCAGCGGCCGAGGGGUAUGCUCACUCCUACGCGGCCUUCACGCGUGCUCUGCAGAGCUGGCGAGCGAUCGCCCAGAAGCUGCAUCACCGCAGUACUGCAAAACCGUGCGCGACCGCGUCAACGAUGCGCAGCGGAGGUGUCGCCGCGGCAGACGCGAUCGCCGCGUGGCUGGUGCAGAUAUGGGCGAACGUCCUGCUGUGCGACUCAAUGGCGGUCACCGACGUUGGCAUGUACGAGCAUCUCUUCACUGCCUUGGCGCGCGCGAAGCAGCAAGGCGAGCAGCUGAGCACCACCACCGUCACCGCCGCCGACGUGGCCUUUGCCUUGCUCAGGCCCUGCCUGCUGUACGCCCUGCCGGCCCUUGAGCAGCUCGCUGUGGAAGAGGAGCUAGUGAGCAGCAGCGGCCACAGUAGCCGCACCCCAGCGCCAGCCCCAUUGUACCCGCAGUACAACGAGCCCCUAACGUGGAGCGCGGGCGGCAUGACGCCGGAGGGAGCAGAGGGGCCCCUUCACGGGCGUGCGCCGGAGCGGCUCUGCGCCGGCGAAGUGUGUGAGCGCGUGCGUCGGCAGCUGCGGCGCCUCGUCGCUCUGUAUGACGUGCCCCCGUCAGCCUCGCCGAGCACCUCCUCCGCGCAGCGCGGCGAUGUUCGCUUCCGCACCUUGGCGCAGCUGAUGGCGCUGCAGCCGGCGGCGUGGAACUUGGCAGCAGCGCAGCGACGCGUCGUGCUGCGCAGCGUGAAACAAAGCGCGGCACGACGUGACGCGGAUGGGGAUGACAAGUCUGGACAGCCAUCAGCGCUGAGGUCAUCCGCCGCCUCCGGUCGCAGUCCCAGAUACGGCAGUAGCAGUAGCAGCAGCACCAGCAGCACUGCUUCCUUCGGCGACGGCAACGAAUCGACGCUGGAGCUGCGCACCUUCUUUCUCUCCCCUGCAGCCACGUACGUUGCAGCCGCGAUAGCCGUCGCCAUGCACUACACGAUGAGUCACACGAGUGCCAGACAGGAUGAGAGCAGCCAUAAUUUCCCGCUCUGGCAGUCGCCGUCCGCUGCGCCGCCGCUGCCCGUUGGCUGGUUUGUUGUGGCGUGCGAAGUCCUUCGCCGCGAGUUGCGCUGCUACAUCCUGGAAGAGCUGCGGAUGAACGGCUACGUAGAGGAGUCAGCGGCUAUGCACGCGGCAGAGGCGGACAUCGGGGACACUGUCGGUUGUAAUGCUGCCGAGGUGGCUCCGCACCUCCCCCGUCCUCCGGUGCCGCGCUGGCGCCUCGUCACCUCAGAGGCGCAGCUGAAGGCCUUCAUCAACGCGCUGGCAGACGCUGUGGAGCCGCUCACCGGUGCUCUUGUGCAGGGGAUGUCCUUUGCAGUCCUCCAACCACUCGUGCUGCUGCUCGUCCUCGACGUCCUCCACGCGCUCCUGUGCAACAACGCCCACACGCACGUCGUGGAGGACGCGGCGGACGGAACGACACAACGCGGCCCAGCCGCUCAGCAAGCAUCAACCCCCGUGGUCAUGUGCGCAGAUGCGUCCAUUCUGCACCUUCUUCGGCAGUGGAUCCACGGCGUCGCGGCGCCGCUCUACCAGCACAUGGAGGAUUCUGGGAAAAAGGCGGUGCUGGACAUCGUCACGGACAGCUUCGCACGCGAGUACCUGACGGCCCCCCGCGGCGAAGGGGGGACAACACCGUCACCGGGCAGCACCACCCCAGUGUCAAGGAGUUACCUCGAGUCCGACGUGCAUGUCGAAUGGCGGCAGUGGCGUAACGGGGCGGCGGCACGCAGCGUGAAUGGGAAAGGGAUUGUGAUGCUCGAGUGUCUAAGUGCGUGCGUAGCGGCGGACCAUCGCCAGCUGGUGCGUCUGACUCUGCCGACGCCGAGUGACGGCGAAGCACCACAACAGGCGGUUUCUGCGGUGCCGCCGACCGGUCCCGGGGCAAAGGUCGCCGGCAGGAGCUCUGUGGACGCAGCAGCGGCCAUUGGAUCUACCUGGUUAGACGUCGGAAGUGCACUCCGCACCUCCCUCUUCAACACCAUUGGCGCGAGAGUGGCGCCUCGUUCUGCGCAUCAGCGCCCGCAGCAACGUGCACAGACAUCUUCGGUCGCGGUGUCCCUGUCCCGCGGAGAAACGCAGCCAGCUUCAGCAUCCACGGCCGAAGCCCAACUGCCUUUCCCCACGCCCCAGCCGCAAGCAGCGCCAACGAUAAUCUCUGGCGACAGCGGCAGAAGCAGAACCUUCGGCUUGGCGGUAGGCGACACAGAUGAGCUGCACCUUCUCCAGAGAGAGGAGGCCUUCAAGCGACGCCAGUGUAGCGAGCAGCUCCUGCGUGAGCAGGCGCAGCUCUUCGCCACACCUGCCUUUCAGGGCAGUCUUCUCCAGCUGUAUGUGGCACUGCGGGCGGAGAAGCGUCGGAGGGAGCUGAUGGUCUUUGCGCUCGAUCAGCACGACCUCAUAUGUGCACUGGCCCAUCGAGCGCAGCAGCUUCGCCUCGAUGAGGCGCGCGAGGCGCUGCGCCGCUCCUGGUGUGAGUGGGGAGAGCGGCAGCGGCUGGCGGUGCGGCGGCUGCUGCAGGAGGAGCGUGACGAUCGUAUGGGGGUGCAGGCCGUUGGCUACGCUGCCUGGUCUCUCCUGCUCGAUGCGGAGCGGCAAGAACGGUGUGUGUGGAUCCUGUACGAGGAGGGCCGUGCCGGCGUCAUGGCGCUCGAGGACGACGCGCGAGAUGAGCUAGCGUUGGCUGCAGCUCGCGCGCACCUGGAGCUUACGAAGCUUGCUGCAGAGGCCGAGGAAGAAGCGUACUGGCAAGCGGAAGAGGCGGCCUGGGCACGCAUGCAAGAGGAGGAGCAGCAGGAGACGAGCAAGCACCACUACCGAUCGCUGACCGCGGUGCAGAGGCAGGGGAGCCGCAUGUCAUCCCUCUCGUGUGCAUCGUCGUCCUCCUCUGCAGACUCGCUGGGGAACCCGUCGAAUCCCCCCACCGUGGCGGUGGCAGUGGCGCACACAGGAGGCGUCUGUGGGGACGGCGCACGAGUCUUCGGUGACGACAGCGGUCCAGCAUCGCGGAAGCACGUUCGACGAGGCCGUCGCGAAGGGCGGGGCGGCGACGCUGCCGCCGUGGUUGCCCUCCACUCCUCACUCAGCGGUGUUGGCCAGCGAGAGGCAGGUAAUGCAGUCGUACCAGCGCCGGCGAGGGCGGGUGCCACGGCGAUCACGUCAGCGACGGCUGAGCAACAGCAGGAGGUGCCACCCCACAGCGCUUCGCUGGCGGCCCACUCGACGCACUCAGAGGACGAGGAGGAUGUGAUGCAGGGUUGGGGCGGCGGCCUGGCACAGACAGCAGUGCAGUCGGCCAUCAGCGGCGCCGGCGGUUUCUUCAGCACCCUGUCGCACUGGCAAACGGCACUGCGCGACACCGUCGCCCCUCCUCCGCCAGUACGCGGCAGGGGGAGAGCUACGGGUAGGCAAGCAGCGGUGUCAGACGCACCCAGAGGCAGCACAGCUGGGCAGCCGUCAGUCGUCGUGGGCAUGGCCAAGGAGGCUGCUCCACCAGCACCUGUCGUCGUGCCGGACCCGAUGAGGAGCUGUGCGGCGCAAGCCGAUGACUGGGGCUGGAGCUCCAACUCGGAGAAGGAUACAUCACCCGUCGAGGCUAAACCCCCUGAGUGGACGGCUAAGGACAACGAAGCGCGCGCCGCUACGGUGGUGCCUCUGCCCUCUCACGGUCUCGCACCUCUACGGAAAACCUCCGCUGGCGGUGAGGCGUCGGUGGCAGCGGCUGUGGCGGCAGCAAGGCCGCCUCGAAAGAAGAAAGGGUUCGCCGCCGCUACCGUUCUCGUCGAGCCUGUCUCCUCCGCCUCCGCUCCCAUCGCACCCAUAGCGUCAUCCCUACUGCUGCCGCCGCAGCAGUCGGUGAAGCAGCUCCGUGGACAGCAGCAGCAACGCCAUGCCUCCUCUCGGGAGGAUCCGGCCACGCCGAACCCGGCGCGCAACAUCCUGUCGGCCAUCGAGGCGGCAGCCAGGGAGGUGAUUUCACAGCCCGAAGGCGUCCUAUCACCUGCAGCACAACCGGAACACGCACCACCGCGAUCACACCCGCAAGGCUUUCCAUCGUUGCGGGUCGUGCGCGCUAGCUCGAGUGAGUCGUCAUCCGCCAGCGGCAGCAGCCGUCACGGCGUCCCCUCUCUACUGGGUGAGCCAGGCACACUUCCCUCAACAGCCACCGCGGCGCCGGACACGAGUGAAGGCGUCGAGGUGCGGGCGGGGAUAGAGAUGCACUCCGACCCCGCUGCCGUCGGCCAGGAGGUUGAUGCCGGGCGAGCAGAGGACCUGGAGAGCGGGGCCGCUGCCGUGGACGACAGGGAGGACUGUGGAUGCCGCGAUGACGAUGACGAUGCGGAAGUGGAGCCUGGAGCUCGCAUCCGCAGUGUGCAACCUGCGGUGGGAGUUGGCAGAGCACCAGCAGCAGCCGUGGCCCAUAAUGCACCUUCGCCGCCAGCUCCGUUCGCGCCGAGUGCGGAUGCGGCACGCAAGUGUCACGAAUUGCGCAGUCGCGUGUUUUGCGCAGAGCCCUCGCCUUUACCGGCAGCGUCCACGAUCGAGGAGACACCGCCACCGAUGGCGGGGGUGGAAGGCGAUGGAUGGGGGUGGAGCGACAAUGCCGUCCACAUGAACGUAGUCGCAGAGGAGACACGCAAGCCGCUACCGUCCAUGCAUCUCUCCAGCGUUGCCAAAAAAGUUGCCAAGGAUGGGUGGUCGGGUGACGACGACUCCUUCGGCAGCGACGUUGCCGUCGCGACGGGCGGCACAGCACUGAGUGGUGCACUAUCACCCCUUAAGGCCUCCACUGCAGCACCCACGACGAGAUUCACGAUCCUCGCAGACUUCCAAGAGAUGUACGCGGCGGAGCUGGAGGUGCGUGCGCAGUUGGUGCAGCUCCUAUGA